UUCUAUCAUCCACAUCAAAGAUAUGGUAAUUUGAUGGAAAUACCACGAAUAUGACAUUCAAAUGAUUUUGAGUUCGGUGUAAUUUGCGGUAUCAAGGAUGAAAGGAGCCUUCUAUGGGCUGAAGCUUACACAGGUCUCUCUCAUCCUCAUCAGUUUUGUUUGUGCAACGGUGCUUAUACUGGCAUGGACGAAAACUACAUUCCUCACUUCUUUAAUCCCAUCUCAGAGUAGUAUUAUGCGGUUGAACCCAGAAAUCCCUCCUGAUCUUAUGGAUGGAGCAGUUCCAGAAAAGGUUUUAGAAGGAAAAAACAGUUCAAAAGAAGCGGAAAGGGACAAAGUCGCAGCAGUAGGUUUGUCAAGCAAUGAGUCUACUAUUAAGGGAGAACACAGUAAAGUUUUGGUGACAGGUGAUGGCGCUGAAAUCCCUCCGGAUAUUACAAGUGAAAUUUCAGAAAAAGCUUUUGGAGGAAAAAAAAUUUCAAACGAAUCUGACAGGGACAAAGAAGAACCAGUAAUAUUGUCAAGAACAGAGUCUACUAUUAAGGAAGAACCCGGUAGAAAUUUGGCAACGCCCAACAAAAAGAAAGAAAUUCCUCCAAGUAUGAUAGGAUCCGAAUCAGACAAGUUGUCAGAAGCAAAAAAUAAUUCAAAACCAGCAGAAAAGGGUGUAGUUGCAACGAGAAGUUCAGAGCAAAGUAAAAGUUCGUCAACUUGGACUGAAGAGAAAGGGUGUAAUUAUGCCAAAGGUAAAUGGGUCAUAGAUGAUAGUCGACCCCUAUAUUCUAAAAAAUAA